CCUCUUCAGCACAACCUUCUUUUCCUGCAUUUGCUGUAUCUGGUCAAGUUCCUGCCAAGAUGUCCUGCCAGCAGAGCCAGAAGCAGUGCCAACCUCCUCCCAAGUGCCCCUCCCCAAAGUGCUCCCCAAAAUGUCCCCCAAAGAGCACAGCACAGUGUCUGCCUGCAGCCUCUUCCUGCUGUGCUACAAGCUCUGGAGGCUGCAGUGUCCCCAGCUCUGAGGGAGGCUGCUGCCUGAGCCACCACAGGCGCAGGUCCCACAGAUGCAGGCGCAGGAGCUCCAGUUCCUGUGACCAUGGCAGUGGUCAGCAGUCUGGGGGCUCAGGUUGUGGCCACAGUUCUGGGGGCUGCUGCUAAUCUGGACAGCCCAGUUGAAAAAGGAACACUAUCAAAAACACGACUACAAAUCUUCCCCAAUGUUCAGUCCUCUUUCUCAGUUUCUCUGUCUUCUUUACAUGCUGAGAUGUUUCCCAAGAGAACUCAGCUCUCUCCUGGCUCUUUCUGUUCUCCUCAAUCCCACAGAGCAGGUACCUUGUUAUCUUGAGAGCUUUUGAUAACUGCCUGGGUAAUUAUCAUCCUGUACUUGACCCUGUGGAAAGUAAAGAUCUUGUUUUUCAACAGCA